GAAAGCUGCCGCUUCGGUUUCAAGGCGAGUUGCAUAGCCGGAACGACUUCACGGCGGAACUGAACGCAGAGAAUGAUAGGUGACGGGGAAGAGGUUCGGUCUCGGACAUGGUCCGCCUCGCUUAUUUGCAUGGCAGAGCUUGAGCAGCCAAUUAAGGAGUGGAGAGCUGCAGAAAUAUCCACAUAACGACUUGAAAGAGAAUCCAGUUUGCUCAGGUUUGUGAAGCUGGCACAGGCAGUGGGGCAUUUGGUGAAUGAUGAUGUAAGGACUUGUACACAAGCCUGGAUUGCCAACUAUCCUAAUGGAAGAGGCUCCCAAACCAACAUACCAGGAGGAACUGGAAUGGUGCAUCUCUCAACUGGAGACCGGCCUCCUGCAUCUCAACCCAACUCCAAAGCAAGUAGAGGAGACACGGCACAUCCUCGGGGUGCUGCGCUCGAGCAAGUCUCCUCUUGUGAAAAAGCGGCAGGUGAUGCAUCAUGUCUUUGGAGACUACCGGCUAAAGAUGGCAGAGGAGAGGCAGAGGGCAGCAAAAGAAGCUGUGAAUCCCGAGAACACUGUGCACAUACAGUCAGGAGAUACCCUCAGUUCAAGCAGCGUGGCGUACAGGAAGCAAGCCAACCACCCUUCUGCAGUCCCAACAUCAUGGUUUGCACCAUCAGACAACACCUUUCAGUUUGACUUUGUUAUUUCCAAGGGAACCUCAGAAGAAAUUGGUGGAACUGCGAGAGAAGCACAUGAGGUGGAUGACUCCGGGGAGCAGUCCACUGGUAGCAGUCUCUCUGGGACAUUGGACAUUGGAACAGAGAAGCCCGAGUUUGCUUUCAACUUCGUCAUACCAGACGUCCCCCCUCUUCCAUCUGCUGCUGCAGAUCCAGGCUCUGAAGCUGUGGUAGAAGCAGCCACAGGGGUAGACUCCACAUCCCAAAAUGCCACAGAGACUAUGCCAGAGAGUGCGACUUUUUCAAAACCCAAUAAAUCAGCUGCGAAGAGCAAUGGAGGUAGAAGAGAUGAAGGCACCGUUCAAGAGGUUUCUAAAUCAGAGACUGCCCAAGCAGGAAGAAAGCUAAGUGGAUCUUCCAAUAGGAAAAAGAAAAAGAAACAACCACCUUUAAAAGGAGCACAUGGUGGCAAUGUAAAUGGAGAUCACAGACCUUGUGGAGAAGGUAGACUUGACCAAACUGACAUGUGUCAGUCAGAUGAACAGAUGAAGAGGGAGGUGGACUGGUGCAUUGAGCAGCUGGAACUUGGCCUGAAGACUCGGAAAUCAACUCCCAAGCAGAUGGAUGAGGCACUCCGGGCCAUCAAGACAUUGCGCAGCGAGAAGGCGGUCCUGGCAAAGAAGCGCCAGUUGAUGCGUGCCCUAUUUGGCGAUUACAGGAAAAAAAUUGCAGAGGAAAGACAGAAGCAGCUGAAGCUCAUGCAAGCAGCAUCAAAAGCAGCUCGUAUUGCAGAAGUGACUGAAGAUGCUUGCAGGAAGAGCAGCCGGGUUUUCAGGAAGUCCGCAGUCAUGGCCAGAAGAGACCAGAGACCUGCAGGAUCCUUUAUUCCAUCUUCUACGCAGACAGCUUCUACGUGCUCUUUCGCACUCACAUCUUCCCAAGAGGAAUUCUGCUUCAAUUUUUUCUAAGGAAGCUUGUUGAAUACUUUGAACAGGUUUCUUUCACCUGGGUGUUAGAAACUUGGGCAAAGUUUGCGUUUUGAAAAACCAAAGCAAGCAAGCCAAAAACGUACUUGCAGAAAGGCUGCAAAAAAAAUGGAAUCAGGUAUGUUGUUGAGCAGCCUGAAAAGCGUAAUGGAAGUGCCUUAGGGGGAGGAGAAAGAGGGGUCUGGUGUAAUCUGUGCAGGCCCCCAUGAAAUAAGUAGUAGCUUAAUAAAACAUCGCAGGCACAUGGCUUGCCCCCAAGGAUUCUGGCAGUUGUACAAUUCCCAGCACUCUGAACAAACUACAUCUCCCAGGAUUCUUUGGGGGAAGCCAUGUGCUUACGAUCUGCUUCAAAUGUAUGGCGUGCAUGCAGCCAAAAUGGGUGUCUUUUUCUUUUUAAAUCUUGGUGGAAAUCUAGUAAAAUAGCAGGUAAAAUUUAGAGGUGGCAGGAAAGAGAGGUAAUCAGCAAGGGAACAAAAGAAUGCCUAGCCAAAGAUGGACUGUAAAAAUAAAGCA